AUGAUGCUCUACGAUGCGCUAGCCCAAGAAGAUGCAGAGCAGAUGUACGAGGCUUGGAAGAAAAGACUUGACGCUGCACAGAAGGACAUUGUUGACUUCGUCAUCAAAGAAGUUGGAAGUGAUGUUGUGGGAGAGUUUGGUGGCUAUCUCGAAGAAGGGUCCUACAACAUCUGCCUGGUCGUCAAACUCAACGCAAAGCCUACAUAUGUCAUACGCUUUCCCCAGCCAGGAACAACAGCUGCAUGUUUCUUGGAUGAGAAAGUUCGGAACGAAGUCCAAGUCAUGGACUUGCUGCGCGAAACCACGAUCCCUAUACCGAAAGUAUACAGUUGGGGUCUGACUAGCGAUAGCCCGUCACAGCUUGGCCCGUAUGUCAUAAUGGAGUAUGUUAAAGGCAAACCAUUGAUCGAAGAGUUACGAAGACCUACAAAAACCGAUGACGGUGUCGAGAUGGAACUCUGGAAAAACUUGGGCAACCCAAGAGUUCUUCAUGCCUACAGCCAAAUAGCCGACUACCUGCUGCAAAUACAUCAGCUGGAUUUCAAUGCUGCCGGUGGUUUAAGAAUGAGCAGUUCAGACCAGUGGGUUGCUAGCGAGCGACCUGUCACCGAUAACAUGAACAUUUUAGCAAGGAACAUUCUGAAUUACCCAACCGAGUACUUCCCUACUACAAGCAUCUCAUCUCCAAAGGCCUACUUUGAGCAGCUCGCCGAUCAACACCUAGCUCAUCUUCACACCCAAAGAAACGCCGUGGAGAACCGUGAAGACGCUAGAAGAUGUUUCAUCGCUCGCCAUCGCCUCAAGCAAUCGAUCGACCAAUACCUGUUAACCGACACCGAAACAAGCCCCUUAAAGUUAUAUUGCUGGGACCUUCGCCCGUCUAAUAUCCUCGUAGACGACGAUCUGAACGUCAAAGCUGUCCUGGACUUCGAAUUCUGUAACGCACUGCCCGCGCAAUUCGCCCAUGACCCGCCCUGGUGGCUUACUAUCUUGCGACCGACCACGUGGAUCGACAAUGACUUCCAUUUUGGUGCCCUGAAAGACAGACUUGAGCCUCACAUCGAACAGUUCCUGCAGGUUAUGGAGAAGAAAGAGAAAGAGAUGAGGGGAACUGUAGCACCGCUGUCCGCUCGCAUGCGCGACUCGUGGACUUCCAACAGAUUUUGGUUCAACCUCGCUAUGAGUGACAGCUGGAGUAUUGAUGCUGUCUAUUGGGCUGCGCUGCACAAGCCGGGUAAUGAGGUACUAGACGAUGCCUUGAAGGCCGAGAUGGAAGUAUUUGUGGAGAUGAAAAUCAAGCAACUGGAUGCAUAUAAGGCUGAAUGUAAGGCACGUGGUAUUUGA